CUGUGUGUCGGUCGGGGGGAAGCUCACACACUCGCUGCAAAUGUGAUUUAAAGGCCGUCUCCGCACAGCCAGAGGCCGGGGCUGUGCAGAGAGACACAGACGGCGGGGAUCGGACACAGACACAGACACGGGGCAGCAGCGGAGGGCAGUCGGUUAAUCCCCCAACGGACAUCACCGCUGGUCUCUGGUCAGACCAUGGGCAUCACCAAGCUCACAGACCUGAUCCGAGAGCAAGCCGGAGAUGCCAUCACCAACAAAACCAUCAACGAGUACGAGGGGAAGGUGGUCGCUCUGGAUGCUUCGGUCGUCAUGAACCAGUUCCGCACAGCGCGGCCCAACCAACGCUACCUCGUGCGUCUCAGCCAGACCAUCGGCAUGUUCUACCGCACGGCCUGUCUGCUGGAGAAAGGCAUCAAACCCCUGUACGUCUUCGACGGACGUCCUCCCAAACUGAAAGACCACGUGCUGGUCAAGAGAGCAGAAUUAGCCCGUCUGGCCCAAGCAGCUCAGGCAGAAAAAGAAGCCAAAGCAGGCCUUCCCAGUGAAACCCCAAAGCAAGGCUUGCAGCCAGAGCCACACAGGGAGCCAGAGGCGCAGGCAGACAAGCCAACCCCCGAGGUUACCGGAGAGGCGGGUGUGACCCUGGUGACUGCAGUACAGAGCAACACAGACGCUGUUCCCAGCACUGGCCAGAAAUGGGUCAAGACCUCACGUCGAGACUGUCAACGCCUCCUCCGCCUCCUCGGAGUGCCCUACAUCGAGGCUCCGAGUGAGGCGGAGGCGAGUUGUGCAGCGCUGGUCAAAGCCGGGAAGGUUCACUGCACCAUCACCGAGGACAUGGACGCUCUGCCAUUCGGCAGCACCCUGCUCACCCGGCACUUCACCUCCCGCAAAUACGCGAAGUUUGAGGAGUUCUGCCUGCCAGUCGUUCUCAAAGGUCUGGAUAUGACUCACGAGCAGUUUGUUGACCUGUGUAUCCUGAUGGGCUGUGAUUACUGCGCUAAAAUCAGGGGUAUUGGUCCCAAGCGGGCGCUGUCUCUGAUCCGGACACACAAGACCAUUGAGGAGGUGGUCAAAAACAUCGACACCCAGAAACACCCUCCGCCACAGAACUGGGCGUACAAGGAGGCUCGGCAGCUGUUCCUGAAGCCGGAGGUGGUGGACGUGGAGACGGUGGAGCUGGAGUGGACAGCGCUGGACGAGGAGGGACUGGUCCAGCUCCUGGUGCACGAGAAACACGCCAAAGAGCACCGUGUUCGCAAUCGUAUCCGGCGCCUGCAGCUGGGGCUGCAGUGUAUUGAGGAGAAGCAGACCCGCAUUGACCAGUUCUUCCCCAAGAAGAAAUAUCACUUGAAGAGGAAGCGUGUUGGCUUCACGUCUCGUUCCAGAGUCAAGCGGCCGAAGAUUGACCUGAGUUUUCUCACUAAGUUUUCCCACUGAGCCCGAGGUCGUGGCCUCUCCCCGCGGCGGGCGGGCGUAACGGCCCGUCUGUCUACCCUCCGUCAGAGGUCACUCCCCGGAGGGGCUGUCAGCGCCAAUUGACCAUCUCACACUCCAUCCGCGAAACAACGCGUCGUACGGAAUAUGCUGCGUGUCUGUGUGCUCCUGUGUCUCUGUGCUCCCGCGUCUGUGUAAGUGUAGUGCUCUGUGUUUGAGUGUAUUGGAGAGAGCUCCGGUGCGGGAGCGAGUAGCGGCACGGACGCAAUGGUUGGAGAGCAGGGAAUGGGAUCAGAGGAGAGCUCCCAGUGGGGAGCGAGCACCAGCAACAACAAUUUGUGUUUAGAUAGUAUCUAUCAUCCAGGGUAGAGUCCCAGAGCUCUUGACAAUGGCCACGCUGAACCGAGCGGGAGGUGACCCUAGGCACGGCCGAAGCGGAAGGGCUUCAGGUGUC